AUGGCACAACCUAUCGAUGCUCAGAUGGCUGCGGCUUUGUGUGCCGCUGCAGAUAUUUCCGCAGAUAACAAACUGGCGCUGUCGGAGCUGGAUGUGAAACGCUUUGCCCCCAUGGCGUCUCAUGGCGACUGGUCAGUGCUGGCUGAGCAGUUGACAGAUGAGCAGAUUUCUCAAUUGAUCCGUAUUUUUACCCUUGGUGAGAUGCAGUUUGCCUCCUGGGCUGCGGGUGAUAAAUCCCCCGUCAUUGCGCUGGUGCAACAGCUGAAGCAGCGUGACGUUUAUAUAAAAGUGACCAUCAACUUAGAUGGCACGGGUACCAGUCACUUUGCGACCGGCGUGCCGUUUUUUGAGCACAUGCUGACGCAGAUAGCACGGCAUGGUCUGAUUGAUAUGCACAUUGAAGCCAAUGGCGACCUGGAAAUUGAUGCCCACCAUACGGUGGAAGACGUGGGCAUUGUGCUGGGUCAGGCGUUUGCCCAGGCGCUGUCUGAUAAGUCUGGUAUCUAUCGCUACGGACACGCCUAUGUGCCACUUGAUGAAGCGCUGUCUCGAGUUGUUGUCGACUUAUCCGGCCGGCCGGGUCUGUUCUACAACGUUGACUAUACCCGCGCGCGUAUUGGUGAUUUUGACGUUGAUCUGUUGCGCGAAUUUUUCCAGGGCUUUGUUAACCAUGCGAUGGUGUCGCUGCAUCUGGACAAUCUUAAAGGUCUGAAUGCUCACCACCAGGCAGAAACCCUGUUCAAAGCAUUUGGUCGUGCUUUGCGCAUGGCGGUCACACCUGACCCACGCAUGAGUGGCAUCGUGCCGUCUACCAAAGGUCAGUGUGUGCGCUUGCGCCAGGGGCGUAUGGACGAUGCGACUGUGUUCUCCAAAGACCCGGUGGCGAUGGCUGCGCACUGGCGUGAGCAGGGGGCUCGACGUCUGCACAUUGUUGACCUCGAUGGGGCCUUUGCCGGCGAGCCUCGCAAUCGGACGUUGAUAGAGCAAAUGGUGGCUGUCAUGGGUGGUGUGCCGGUGCAGGUGGGUGGCGGAAUUCGCAGCCUGGACGUGAUUGAGGCGUAUGUCGCCGCCGGUGUCAGCGGCGUGAUUGUUGGCACAAAAGCCAUACAGGAGCCUGACUUUCUGGCUGCAGCCGCUAAAGCUUUUCCGAACAAAAUCUGGUUUGGGCUGGAUGCGCGAGAUGGCCUGGUGGCCACGGAAGGUUGGGAUCAGACCUCUACGCUCAAAGCGGUGGACCUUGCCCGGCAGGCGGCCCAGUGGCCGGUAGCCGGGGUAGUGUAUACAGAUAUUGAACGCGACGGCAUGAUGUCGGGCCUCAACAUCGAGGCGACUCACGCGCUGGCGCUGGCCAGCAACCUGCCUGUCGUUGCGUCCGGUGGGGUGACCACUCUGGCUGACCUCGAGGCCUUGAAACAGGCGUUUGCCGGACACGAAACGUUAUUGUUUGGCGCGAUUACGGGCCGGGCGAUAUAUGAGGGGACACUAGACGUGGCGGCUGGGCAAGCAUUGCUGGACGGCUGA